AUGGACAAUGAAAGUGUAGCACAACAAUACGAGCCCGUCGCCGAGAUUGGCGAGGGUGCUUACGGAAAGGUGUACAAGGCACGAGAUUUGAAGAACGAGGGACGCUUUGUAGCCCUAAAAAGAGUUCGGGUACAGACGGAGGAGGAAGGGAUGCCCCUCUCGACCAUCCGGGAGGUAGCGGUACUGAGGCAACUGGAGGCAUUCGAACACCCCAACGUGGUCAGGUAAGCAGAGAUCGAGAGGGGGGUGCAUCUAACAAGGGCCUCUCCUCUACCAGGAGUUGCAUUAUCUCUUUAUGCUCUUAUAACCCCUGGUAUUUAUCUCUUUAAAUGGCUGCAUAAUGUCUAUAUACACUGAGUCUACAAAACAUUAAGAACACCUUCCUAAUAUUGAGUUGCAACCCCCACCCUUUUGCCCUCAAAAUAGCCUCAAUUCGUUGGGGCAUGGACUCUACAAGGUGUCGAAAGCGUUCCACAGGGAUGCUGGCCCAUGUUAACUCCAAUGCUUCCCACAGUUGUGUCAAGUUGGCUGGAUGUCCUUUGGGUGGUGGACCAUUCUUGAUACACACAGGAAACUAUUGAGCGUGAAAAACCCAGCAGCAUUACAGUUCUUGACACGAACCGGUGCACCUGGCCCCUACUACCAUACCACGUUCAAAGGCACUUAAAUCUUUUGUCUUGCCCAUUCACCCUAUGAAUGGCACACGUACACAAUCCAUGUCUCAAGGCUUAAAAAUCCUUCUUUAACCUGUCUCCUCCCCUUCAUCUGGACUGAUUGAAGUGGAUUUAACAAAUCAAAUCAAAUGUAUUGGUCACAUACACAUGAUUAGCAGAUGUUAUUGCGAGUGUAGCGAAAUGCUUGUGCUUCUAGUUCCGACAGUGCAGCAAUAUCUAGCAAGUAAUAUCUAACAGUUCCACAACAAAUAUCUAAUACACACAAAUCUAAGAAAAAGGAAUGGAAUAAGAAUAUAUAAAUAUAUGGAUGAGCGAUGUCAUUGUCAUAGCGGCAUAGGUUAAGAUGCAAUAGAUAGUAUAGAAUACAGUAUAUUCAGUUGAAGUCGGAAGUUUACAUGCACCAUUUAAACUCAGUUUUUCACAAUUCCUGACAUUUAAUCCUAGUAAAAAUUCCCUGUCUUAGGUCAGUUAGGAUCACCACUUUAUUUUAAGAAUGUGAAAUGUCAGAAUAAUAGUAGAGAGAAUGAUUUAUUUCAGCUUUUAUUUCUUUCAUCACAUUCCCAGUGGGUCAGAAGUUUACAUACACUCAAUUAGUAUUUGGUAGCAUUGCCUUUAAAUUGUUUAACUUGGGUCAAACGUUUCAGGUAGCCUUCCACAAGAUUCCCACAAUAAGUUGGGUGAAUGUUGGCCCAUUCUUCCUGACAGAGCUGGUGUAACUGAGUCAGGUUUGUAGGCCUCCUUGUUCGCACACGCCUUUUCAGUUCUGCCCACACAUUUUCAAUAGGAUUGAGGUUAGGGCUUUGCGAUGGCCACUCCAAUACCUUAACUUUGUUGUCCUGAAGCCAUUUUGCCACAACUUUGGAAGUAUGCUUGGGGUCAUUGUCCAUUUGGAAGACCCAUUUGCGACCAAGCUUUAACUUCCUGACUGAUGUCUUGAGAUGUUGCUUCAAUAUAUCCACAUCAUUUUCCUUCCUCAUGAUGCCAUCUAUUUUGGAAUUGUAAUACAGUGAAUUAUAAGUGAAAUAAUCUGUCUGUAAACAAUUGUUGGAAUAAUUACUUGUGUCAUGCACAAAGUAGAUGUCCUAACCGACUUGCCACAACUAUAGUUUGUUAACAAGAAAAUUGUGUAGUGGUUGAUAAACAAGUUUUAAUGACUCCAACCUAAGUGUAUGUAAACUUCCGACUUCAACUGUACAUAUGAGAUGGGUAAUGCAAGAUAUGUAAAUAUUAUUAAAGUGGCAUUAUUAAAGUGACUAGUGUUCCAUUUAUUAAAGUGGCCAGUGAUUUUCAAGUCUGUAUGUAGACAGCAGCCUCUCUGUGUUAGUGAUCGCUGUUUAACAGUCUGAUGGCCUUGAGAUAGAAGCUGUUUUUCAGUCUCUCGGUCCCAGCUUUGAUGCACCUGUACUGACCUCGCCUUCUGGAUGAUAGCGGGAUGAACAGGCAGUGGCUCAGGUGGUAGUUGUCCUUGAUUAUCUUUUUGGGCCUUCCUGUGACAUCGGGUGCUGUAGAUGUCCUGGAGGGCAAGUAGUUUGCCGCCGGUGAUGCGUUGUGCAGACCGCACCACCCUCUGGAGAGCCCUGCGGUUGUGGGCGGUGCCGUUACCGUACCAGGCGGUGAUACAGCCUGACAGGAUGCUCUCAAUUGUGCAUCUGUAAAAGUUUGUGAGGGUUUUAGGUGACAGGCCAAAUUUAUUCAGCCUCCUGAGGUUGAAGAGACACUGUUGCGCCUUCUUCACCACACUGUCUGUGUGGGUGGACCAUUUCAGUUUGUCAGUGAUAUGUACGCCGAGGCACUUAAAACUUUGCACCUUCUCCACUGCUGUCCAUUCGAUGUGGAUAGGGGGGUACUCCCUCUGCUGUUUCCUGAAGUCCACGAUCAUCUCCUUUGUUUUGUUGAGUGAGAGGUUAUUUUCCUGACACCACACUCCGAGAGCCCUCACCUUCUCCCUGUAGGCGGUCUCAUCGUUGUUGGUAAUCAAGCCUACUACUGUUGUGUCGUCUGCAAACUUGAUGAUUGAGUUGGAGCCGUGCAUUGCUACGCAGUCAUGGGUGAACAGGGAGAACAGGAGGGGGCUGAGCACACACCCUUGUGGGUCCCCAGUGUUGAGGAUCAGCAAAGUGGAGAUGUUUUUUUCUACCUUCACCACCUGGGGGCGGCCCAUAAGGAAGUCCAGGACCCAAUUGCACAGGGCGGGGUUGAGACCCAGGGCCUCAAGCUUAAUGAUGAGCUUGGAGGGUACUAUGGUGUUGAAUGCUGAGCUAUAGUCAAUGAACAGCAUUCUUACAUAGGUAUUCCUCUUGUCCAGAUGGGGUAGGGCAGUGUGCAGUGUGAUUGCGAUUGCAUCGUCUGUGGACCUAUUGGGGCGGUAAGCAAAUUGAAGUGGGUCUAGGGUGACAGGUAAGGUGGAGGUGAUAUGAUCCUUGACUAGUCUCUCAAUGCACUUCAUGACGACAGAAGUGAGUGCUACAGGGCGAUAGUUAUUUAGUUCAGUUACCUUUGCAUUCUUGGGUACAAGAACAAUGGUGGCCAUCUUGAAGCAUGUGGAGACAGCAGACUGGGAUAGGGAGAGAUUGAAUAUGUUUGUGAGGGUGACAUCAAUAAGUGACAUCAAUAAGGGAUCAUUGCUUUCACCUGGAUUCACCUGGUCAGUCUAUGUCCUAAUGUUUUGUACACUCAGUGUAUUUAAUUUGCAUAUGUCAGAUAUACAUCUAUAUAAUGUCAGAUAUACAGUAUCUGCCUCCUUGGGAUAUAUUGCAGAGGCUUAUGGAGUUGUCUUAUUGACAUUUGGAAAAGUUGUAGUUUUGUAAUGUACUUUUUGAUACUGGUGUUACUAUAGAGCCCCACAGUGGAGGUGUCAUAAUACCCAUAAAACCUAGCGGUCAAACGGAAAUGGUUCCAAUCGUUUUCCCACCAUUCAUUUUUCCUAUAGGGAAUUUUAGAAACACUUAAAAUAAGGGCUGUGUUUCGUGUAGGCUUACCCUGGCGUGAUGUUUUGAUAACCAUGUAAAUCUCUCUCGGAUAAGGUGACUUAUCAAUAUAUUCGGCUCUAUUUACGCUCAGAUUCGAAAAUGCUAAUUAGCGUCAAAGUAGACAUCAUGCAAGACUACAAAUCCCUGCAAGCUCCUGCACAUCUCUAGCUGACACCUUUGCUAACAGGUAUUCAAAUACAAUUUUAUUUGUCACAUGCACGUGUUUAGCAGAUGUUAUAGCGGGUGUAGCGAAAUGCUUGUGCUUCUAGCUCCGACAGUGCAGUAAUAUCUAACAAGUAAUAUCUAACAAUUUCACAACAUAUACCCAAUACACACAAAACUAAUAUGGAAUGGGAUUUAAGAAUAUAUACAUGGACAAGCAAUGACACUUCAAAUAAGGGCUGUGUUUCGUGUAGGCUUACCCUGGCGUGACGUUUUGAUAACCGUGUAAAUCUCUCUAGGACAAGAUUACUUUUAUCAAUAUAUUCACCUGUAUUUACCCCUCAAAAAUUAAAUGCUAAUUAGCUAGCAUUGGGUCAAUUUAAAACUUGCACAAGACAGUUCACAGAAUUGUCAAUUGAGAGAAAUGUUGUCAAUUUAUUAAUCACUAAAUUUACAUACCAUUAGAUAGUUAAUCCAGAGAUUCUUACCAUUGCCUCGAUUCGGCAGUCUUGCCCAGAUCAUCAUGGCAUUUGUAGUUCUUUAUGAUAGCCACAUUAGCAGCUAAUUAGCAUUUCAUUUUUGAGGAGUAAAUACAGGUGAAUAUAUUGAUAAAAGUAAUCUUGUCCUAGAGAGAUUUACACGGUUAUCAAAACGUCACGCCAGGGUAAGCCUACACGAAACACAGCCCUUAUUUGAAUUGUUUCAAAAAUCCCCUACGGGAAAAAUGAAUGGUGGAAAACGAUUGGAACCAUUUCCUUGUUUGACCGCUGGGUUUGAUGGGUAUUUAUGGGUAUUAUGAAUCAAAUUGUGGUACUCUAUUGUGCCAUAUAGUAGGCUGUAGGUUAUGUUUAAUACAACUUGAUGGAUGUUUUGUGUGCAGUAUCUGUGACAGACAUUCUUGGGUGAUAUCUGUUCACUACAUUAGUCAACCUAAAUAAGUCAUGGGUAAAGUCAUUCCCAUUGCUGCUUAGAAUGGAAUUUCCCAGAAAAGUCAAUGAACUGCUGUUGGGAAUGAAUGACAAGAAAGAAGAGAUACUAUAUUCAGCUGAUUUUGCCCCAUUCCAGUAGCCUACAAGAGUUGGGGAUAUCAACUGUGUUGUUUUUAGUCCUCCAGGCCACAAGACAACAUACAAAGGUUGUUAUGCUUGCAGCUGUAGACUCCCAUGGGUCAGUUUGGAGGUCAGUUCGGUUCGUCAGGGAAACCACGUCAUUUACCGGCCCUGCUCAAGGUCUAACCUUGCCAUUUAGCUUUUAAUGAGAGAUUGAGUGCUUUUGGAUUAAAAGCUUAAUGGAAACGUUUUAAUAAUACAAAAUGUUAUUCUAUGCCCUGCUGGUCCCACCACAGCCUCAAAGUGCAUCAUUAUUAUUCUUUUAAACUGAAUAAAUGAAUAUAUUGUUAAUUGAGAUAUCACGUAUUGAAGGUUCCCCAGAUUGAGUUUCAUGAAAUGAGGAUACAAAAUGUGUCCUGACUCCCUAUACUCUGUGGUAUGCAUCUAAUCUGCCUAUUCUGUACAGUUGUGGUUCCCUACACUCUUAGAAAAAAAGAGUUCCAAAAGGGUUCUUCGGCUGUCCCCAUAUGAGAACCCAUUUUGGUUCCAGGUAGAACCCUUUUUGGUUCCAGGUAGAACCCUUUUUGGUUCCAUGUAGAACCCUCUGUGGACAGGGUUUUAAAUGUAACCCAAAAGGGUUAUACCUCGAACCAAAAAGGGUUAUCCUAUGGGGACAGCCGAAGAACCCUUUUAGGGCCUAGAUAGCACCUUUUUUUCUAAGAAUGUAUACAUAAGCCCAAGUUUGAAUCCACACCAAAGGGGGUCUGGUCUGGUCUAUAUCUGUAAAGCAUGGGAGAGAGCUGACACUGAGCAGGAUGCAUUCUGGACCUACUGUGUAACUACAGGCCUGCCAACCCCUGGAUGUUUUAGAAUGAUGCCCAUUAGUCAUCCCAUAUGUUCAGUGUCUGGCGAGAGGCUGCAUUGUAGCAGAACAAUCGCAGUUCUGAGGGGCGUUUAACCUCGCGUUUCCAACCGGGAGGCUCACUCGUUCUGUGACAUCAUGGGCGUAUGGUUAUAAUACCUUGAAAGAAUCACUCCUUACAAGCCUUUGAUAACAGUACAUGGGGGGCGUGGUGCGGUGCAUAGAAAGAAAAGGACUACCUUCCUUAAGAGUUGGUGGGGCGGCUUUCCCAUGCUUUACUUCAAGACCAUUCACAGAGAUUACUCAGACAUGAACUACAAUUUUACUGUUAUUACUGCAGAGCUGUUGACGCUUUCGAAAUAUUUGAAGAAAUUUAAAUUUCACUGUAAAUAUUAAAUAUUUUAAAUUAAAUCUAAGAAUUACUGCAUGAACGCAAUGUGGUAUACAGACCAUAUUGGCCCCAUAGUGCCAUUGGAAUAAUGAUAGAGCGAUGUCAGUGAGUGGAUAGAUUCCAUCCAUGUUCCUUUCACACACUGGUUGGUUGCUGUGGUGAGAGAUGCUGCUUCAAUAACGUCUGGUGGUUAGUCAUGGGCAGUCCAGACCCUGCUUCAGUUGCCAUGGCGCAUCACGCAUUGCCGUGGUGCUCCUGGAGGAAUGUUUGUUGUGGUCCUCGGCUCUUUGAGGAAGACACUGGACGUCUUCUCUAGGCUUUUCACCAAAGCUUGCCCCUGACACAACUGCCAGAAUAAUCUGGAUGUUUGGGCUCGGUUUGUUGCCUUGUAAAAAUACAACCACAAGUUGAUGUAUUGUGUUGGAUGCUCAAGAGUCGCCAAGUGUUUCCCUCGUAAAAGUGAUAUAAUGUAGCUACAACAUUAUUAUUGGCAUUGUCAGGAUAGAGGCUAAAGGAGAGGUUUAGUUUCGUGGUCAGAAAUCAAAACAUGCCUGAAGGAGAUGAGUCGGAACUACGUUUGCUUGAUGAGUAACCUUUGCUCCCAGAUGUAUUGGCUGAGGCUUUAGCUCAGCGGGCUAAGGGGUCUUGUGGCAUGCAGGAGACCUGGACUCGAACCCUGGUAGGUUAUAGUUGCAUGUUUUUAAGAACGAGAAUGCCAAUUCAAUUACUCUGUCAAGGUGUUCAACCUUCAACUGAUCUUGUUGAGGUUACUGUACUUCACCAUUCCACACAUACUCUAAAGUGGUGUAAGUUCACUGGAAUAAUGCCUAGGAGAUCAUGUUGCCAAAAUGUGUAUCAUUCAGGAGUAAGGAGCCAUUUCAGAUUGGUUCCUUUCGUUUAGCCAUCAAAGCCCCAGUAUGUGAAAGCAUUGCUCGCAUUCUUUCAAACUGUCAGGAAAACUAGCCUGGACAGUUACCUGACACUAUAAAGGAAUUUCUUCCUUAACUGAAUCUUGAUGAUUUAAAUAGAUUAGAUCUCUCUCAGGUUUGGAAUGAUACUAGAGAUCCUAUCAAGUGUGCUCUCUCCAUAUUUCAGAAGGCAGUUUACACUGGAAAAAUAUGGUUUGUCAUGGAUGGUGGUUUUAAAUGAAAAUACAUUGUUAUUCCUCUUAAAUUAAAGACUGAUGAUUUAUGGCACUUAUAACCUCUAUUGACUAAUGAACAACUUACGAACCAUUUAUAAACCCUUUAUAAGCAUUUUAGAGAUUACACUUUUAUAUAAGUGUGACCAUGAUAUCAGACUGACAUAACAAUGCUAAGCAGCAGUAUUCACUCUCCUCCUCUGCCUCUCUCUCUGCAGACUGUUCGAUGUGUGUACCGUGUCUCGGACCAACCGUGAGACCAAGCUGACCCUGGUCUUUGAGCAUGUUGACCAGGACCUGACCACGUACCUGGAGAAAGCCCCUGAUCCUGGGGUGCCACCUGAAACUAUCAAGGUGAGUCUAACGUGAAUACUGGAAUUGAUACAGAUCUUGGCUCAGAUUACCCUCACUUAAUACCCUUCCCCAUUGGAGGGGGAAACAAAAAAACUGAUUUGAGUGUCUAGAGGCAACUUCUCAGUUGAAUUGUAAAUUGUACUCAUUAGGUCUAUGAAUACAGUGCAUUCGGAAAGUAUUCGGAAAGUAUUCAGACCCCUUGACUUCAGUGCCGGUAUUAUGGGUCAUAUCUUUUGAAUGGUAAUGGCUAGAAUCAAGCUGUUUCUCUGAGGAAAAGAGGGAGACUUGGCUUGUACGUUAGCUACAGAACCUGGCUAUGAAAUGUAGUGGGGAAAGUGUGAGGGUUGAGCGAGACUACAAAUGUAAAUACUUUUCUAUACUCAAGGGAGAGAAAAAGAUAGCUAGACUGUUGUUUUACUAUUAAACUUAAUGGUGCUAUUGUUUUUAAUUUCGUAAAGCAGCUUGUGUUUCUUAACCAGAUUCUCGAUCUAAGUACCUCCCCGACCCUUCACCGAAUUCGAACACAUUCGGGGACGUCUGAUUGAGGACUUUUGAGAAGAUGGGAAACUCCAUUUGAAACGUAUUAACGCCCAUUGUGUACGUUGCCCAUGUGUCGUCAAUGGGCUGCGUGGUGCAUUCAGGGCAAUUAUGGGACAAGGAGAGCUCUCCUUCAAGGAAUGAAUGGGAGACAAUUGGGCGCAACAUUACAAAUCUUCUCCGAGAUGUGAGAUAAUUAUUUUGUUCUCUGUCAUAUCGUAUAGCUUUGGAAUCGUAACAUUACAUACUUUCAAGGAAAAUAAGCAGGUUUCUCGAUUCAUACCCUAACUUUGAGAAUUGCGUGACGAUUAGCUUAGCAACCGCGUGACGCAGCAUUGCAACAUGAACGCGAUUGGUCGAAAGUCUGCUGGGUGGGGUGUUAUACGUUCCUCUAUUCAUUUCCCAAUGGGAUUCCCAUCUCCUCCUUCUCUAAUAUCUCUGGUAAAGCAGCGAUUUGAAAAUUAGUAAUUUGAUUUGAUACUCUGAUUGAUUAGAGAUGAUCCAAUCGCUGAUGACUUUGUUUUGUACAACGCCCCUUGUGUCCCUCGUCACCACAAACAGCAUCAAUGAUGGCAGUCUCAGAUUAAAGUAUUUAGCGAACGACAGAUCGGAGGAAGAAAUGUUUUUUGAAUCCCGGAUUGCCCCUGUAAUGUAUCGUGAUAAAGAAUCAUUGGACACAUAGCUACACCACACUUUCCCAGGGCAUGUUUUGAAUUAUUCUGAUAUGUGUCGUGUUCUGCUUCCUGUGACAGGGUUGAAUGUUGUCAAUCAGAUAUGUGUUUUGUUCUGCUUCCUGUGACAGGGCUUAAUGUUGCUAUGACUCCUCAGCUGUAAUAGGUGUCAGAGCAGACCUGAUGAUAUUUGAUAGACCUUAGUGCUAACCUGUUGUGACUAUCGUCUGUUCACAGCAAAUGGUCAGGUUUAUGGUUUAUGAGCUAAUGUGAACCCUGUUAUGGUGUUUUCAUAUACUGUACAUCAGUGUAGCUUUUCAAAAUGCAGCUGUUUUGGUGGAAUGGCCAAACAUGCAUGAUCAAGUCGACUGGAUAUGUUUUCUUGAAGCAAACUUUACCAUCGAGGCAUACUCAGCCAAACCACAUAGACUCCAAAGCAAGCAUGGAAAACCAUUUGUUGAGUGUGAGUGAGAUCUCCCCCAUUCAUUCUCAACAUCCAAACAGCAUCUGGAGGGAUGAGGGACAAUGGAUAACGAUCAAGUACAAGAUGACAGCGGCACCAUCCCUUUUAUUUCCAUGACAGUGGACACUGCAAACCCCGGCCCCCCAACAACUUAAUUUACACUCCUCCAGACCAGAGGACACCAGAUUGCAGACCCCCGCCCCAGGCCACCCCCACUGCCCACCCCAGCCCAGCCUGUCCAUCCACUAAUCCUGCCCCCUUUGAGACCUCCAGUCAGACCCACCGCAUGGUAAUUGAUGAAAGAGGACCCGGGAAUCAAAUGAGCUGGAAGGACAUCAAGCGGCCAGUCUCUCUCCCCCAGCCUUGGGGAGUGCGGCUGGUCUAACGUUGGGCCCUGUGCCCCCCCCCCAGAACCCUCAUCCGUCCCCCGUCUACAGGCCCUAUAAAAGACUGGUUAAUGAAGCAUAGGGAGGGAAUUACACUAACGCUAACUGGCAGAUGUCCUGUAUUGUGUCCAGCUACAAUAAACAAUAUGGCCGCCUCUUGCUUAUUAGCAUGAGAAAAGGGGCUGCACUCAGGGAAGCAAUGUUUUGACUGCUUUUUAUGUGGGCUACUUUUUUCUGUUCUUUUUUUCUCGGGUACUCUUCUUUUUUUGGGGCUUUGUUCUUGGAAGGAGUCGCUUGCCUCGUGUUUCCUAGCCAGCUAUCUCCGGCUGAGCUGCUGUCAUAGAGUGUUGGGCAACUUGGUGCUCUGUGUCACCUCCUGUGACAUUGGUUUGCAUCAGGUCAGGUGUUUUCUCAUACUAUCUGCAGACGGGAGAUCAGAUAUUAAAGUCAGUCUGAUAGUUUGACAUUAUCCCCAGCCCUACAAACUAUUCACUGCUAUUUGCAACUAAAAUGGAUGAACUCUUGACAAGCAACUGCAUCAUUCAUCUUCACUUGCAUCAUGUACUACUGUAUGACUGUUAUGAAUGAGCUGAAGCAGGAGAGAGGAGAUGGAGCACCAAGGGGGCAUGGUUGUUGUUUCUAUGUUUGUCCUCGAGUCACACUUCUGAGAUAAUUGGGGUUUUGUAGGAAAUGCUGUUGAAAGGAAACAUGUCACAAAUGGCCAUUUAAAGCAAACAGAGAGGAACUCAUGGGGGUGAUGCCAUUGUGUCAGCCCCCUAAAUAACUGCCUCUGCCCCUAUCUGUUGGCCUGCUAGGUCAUGGGUGGAUGGAUAUUCAAAAAGAAAGGCCUGUUUACGCUCUCUGGCCUGCCACAGACACACACACACAUUCCCUCUGCCCUGUCUCUUCUCUCAUAGACAGACACACAUCCAGGGUCCUGUCCCUAUUCCGUGCAUUGUGAGAGGCUCUAGUCCCCUCCCCUCGGCCCUGGUCACCCCCGCGCCGUUUGCUAAUGUUUUCUUCUUGAGUGUGCAGCUCAUUGUUUCAGCUCUUUUAAUCACUCACCAGCUGCUAGGGUCAGUGAAUGGAGCCCUGCGCGGGCCCAGGUCCAUGUCACUUGUGAGGUCUUGGCGACGGGUUUCGGGGGGGGGGGUAGGCCGCACCGCCGCCUGCUGCAACCCCAGCAGCAGGCCGAUUCAUGUUGCAACUGUGAAAGCGCCCCUCUUUCUCUCCAUUUCUCUUUCCCUCUCUUUCUGUUUUAAUCUGCCCCAAUCUCUCUGUCUCUAUCACUGAAACAGCCCCCACUGCCACUAUCACCCUCAGUUCAGUCCUUAUGUUGUUGUGCAAGUUCCACCAGAGAGAGGAAAUGGCCGUUUAGCCCUUUCAGUUUAGCCCUCCUCUCAGACUCUCUCUCUCUCUCUCUCUCUCUCUCGCUCUCUCUCUUUCUCCUUUCUUUCUCUCUCCCCGGAUUGAGUUAUUGUGGGUAUUGGGCCGCUGUGGGGCCUGUGGGGUCGUCCUUGGCUGCAGCUUGAACUAGUGGAUCUACAAUGAUCAAUCCUCCUCAGCUCAGCCCAGACAGCUGCAGGGUGGGCAGAGAGAGGCCCACCACCAACAGAUCAAUGUUGCAUCCCAAAUGACACCCUAUUCCCUUUGUAGUGCACUACUUUUGACCAGGGCUUAUAGGGAAUAGGGUGCCAUUUAGAACACAGAUCAGAACUACUCCCCACAGCAACAUGUCUUUCCUUUUCUGCUCUGCUCUCCCUCAACAGUCGUGUCAGUUAUCAGCAUCUGCCACACUAAGGCUUUAAAGGGACACACUCUCUUUUUUCCUAGUCGACAGGCUGCUGCACCGCAUACAAGGCCUCAGUGAUUUCACUUCUCUCUGUGGGACUUUUCAUUUAGGUUUUCAGCGUUCUGAGGCCUGUUGAUGGUUGAUUUAGAAGAUAAACCAAUGAUGCUGAACCUCUGUCAGGGAUAUCAGGUGUAUUUUCUCAGUGUUCCUGUGUCAUGUUGUACCUGUUAAGACUGUGUCUGAAUGUCCAUGUGUCCUAACAGGAUAUGAUGUACCAGCUGCUGCAGGGGUUGGACUUCCUGCACUCACACCGUGUGGUUCACCGGGACCUGAAACCCCAGAACAUCCUGGUCACCAGCGGAGGACAGAUCAAACUGGCCGACUUCGGUCUCGCCAGGAUAUACAGCUUUCAGAUGGCUCUGACCUCUGUGGUGAGAACCUUACUGUUAUAAACCUGUUAUAACCUGUUAUAAAACUCUUAUACAUUUUUGUAGCACCCAGAAUAUACAGCUUUCAGAUGGAACUGACCUCCGUGGUGAGAACCUUACUGUUAUAAACCUGUUAUAA